AUGCGAUUUCUCCUCGGUAUGGCCGUCAGCUUGGCUGGCGUGGUGGUGUCUGUCAGAGCUUGUGCAUCUCACACUGAUGCCAGCAACUUCACUAUUGCCAUGGUCCGCACAUACCCUCCUAAUUGGCCUCUUCCUCUGCUCAGUAGCAACUGGACCGGCAUUACGAUGAAUAUUAGCCAGGCGGUCGACAAAGCUGUUGAUCUGAUUCAAGAAGCAUCUCAUGAAAACGCCAGUCUUGUUCUCUUCCCCGAACUCUGGUUUCCCGGUUAUCCGAUGGGCUUUGGCGAUGACACGAACUGGCCGACCGUUCUCCUUCCCGAGUACAUCGAAAACUGCCUCACAGUAGGCGACGGCAACUGGGCCCGCAUCGUGGAUUCUGUGGUGGAUACCGGUGUUUAUGUAGGUCUCGGCUUCUGUGACAAGACCACGGAGAAUAUAUUUAUGGGUCAGGCAUUGAUAUCGCCUUCUGGUGAUGUUCUGAUCCAUCGCCACAAGCUACGUCCAUCAGGAAGUGAGCGCGAUAUGUUCAGCGACGGCACUAUGGAGAUGCUGGAAGUAACCACCACUCGAUACGGUCGUAUUGGGAUGUUGGAGUGCUACGAGCACUUCUGGCCUAGCAUGACAUUGCCGAUGCAGGCCCAGUUGGAAAACAUCCAUUUAGCGGCUUUCCCUUACCUGGUAGACGACAGCAACCCUCAAAAGCAAUGGUAUGAAGGCACCUUCGUGAACAUGGCUGCGGAGACCCAUUACGCUGUUCUCUCGGGUGCCUAUGUUUUUCAUACAAGUGUUGGUACUUCAUGGGUGAUCAGUCCUUCCGGUGAGGUCCUUACCCACGUCGGAUCAACAGUUGACAUGGACACUACCCCUAUUGUGUACUACGGAGUCAAUACUACCGGUUUUGAUACUACUGCUACAUACGAUGUCAACGGCGAGGUUUCGUGGGGUGUUGUCAAGCAGAUCUACGAUGGCUUCCCAUCCUAUAUUCCCAAGGACCCCGGCACAUUUGUUGACUUUGCAUCUAUCCCCAUUGCUCUUGAGCAAAGUGGCAACUAUAAUGGUACACCUCCUGCCUCUUAG